AUGGAGCUAGUCGAGGCCUUGGGAUUGCUCUAUGAUGCCGGUGGUGCCACAACUGCCGCUGCUGACCGGAGAGCAGCGGAUCGGUUUCUCUCGCGCUGGCAGAACACAAUGGAUGCAUGGUCUGGCUCGAUGGAGCUUAUUUCGACUCAGGGGCUCCCCGCAGCAUAUCGCCUUUUCGGAGCCCAAACGUUGCGCCGCAAGCUGGCCUUUGAUGCUUCACAACUAGACGUGUCAAAUCUACAGAGCUUGCAAGCCUCGCUAGCGGUAACGCCAGGAGGGCCAACAUCUACGCGCCCUUUCUGGAUUCAGAUAGCGCUCUGUCUGAGCCGCCUUUCACUUCGCUUGCAUGGUGAAGGUGAUUCCUUUUCGCAGACAUUGAAAGCCUUGGCAGACCCGGAAAUGGUGGAGGAGUUUCUUGUUUCAUAUCCAAAUGCGCUAAUCGAGGGUACAACGACCAGUGAAGAGCGCGCACAAGCUGGGGCGCUCGUCGAUAAUCACCUUGCGACGCUGCCUGCGCUGGUGCAGGGAUUUUCUGCAGAAAGGCGUGUCGAGUGCAUGCUAAACUGGAUCCGCGCGGCGGAUGGCCGCAGGGUUCUUUCCAUGAUCCGCGAGCAUGCAUUGGAUGAGGGUGCCGUAGCCGCGCUCAUAGCAGGGGCAGUUUCAGCGCCCAUUGUCUCAGAGUUGCUGAUGGAAAUUAUCCUAGUACUUCGAGAUGCUGGCAGUGAGGCUGAUGCUGCACACAUGGGCUCGUUACUGGCAGCCGCCAUCCCAAAGCUACCAAAAGAUGACGAAAUUGUUGAAGUGUUUGGCUUGGCGUUGAUCGAGUUCAUGGAUUGCUUUUUUGAGUUGUCAUUAGGGUUACUUGGAGGCACAUUGUGGCGUGACGGUCUCUUUGGAUCGCUCUCACCGCCCUCUUUGCGCUUGGCGGACGCCAGUCUUCGUCUCUGGGAUCGUCUUGUCGAUGUUGCAAGAGCAGCUAAUUCUACUAAUGCCCAAAAUAGCUACUCCAUCAAUCAUGCCAUCCAGACAUCUAAUUAUCAACAAGGUCACGUCGUCCACGGGAACUCAUCACCUCAUAAAAAUGGCAUCAGUGCAAACGAGGUUGUUGUUCGCGGGUUUGCUUUGAUGGUUACGGUGCUGCAAUGGCCCAACGGGGCCAUGACGCGCCAAGAGGUCGAUGACUUUCGCUCUUUUCGCCACGUCGUAGGGGAUGGUCUCAAGGAUCUUGUGAUUGCUGCUCUUACUCUUGGCGUCGAUUUAUCGACGCUUCUCAUGCUUAGUAGCAAGAGCGUUUCUAACUCCAUCAUGGAUGCACGAUUUGCAGAGGCAAUUCUGACCGCGGCGCGACUUGUUGCCGGAACGGUUCCAGACACUUCAGAGGAGCCAAUUGGGUCUCUAAUACAACAAUUACCUCGGCUUUUGGCAGACCAUCCUCGUGGCGUCUCCAACGAGCGGCUUUGGUAUGCCGCACUGCUCUUUAUUUCGGCAUAUGCGCCAUGGACAGCGCUUAGAACAGAACGCAUUACGCGCCUUGGCCCCUUUCAGCUCGAGGCUGUCCUUGCCGUACUGGCAGAAGACGGUGGCGCUCCAUGGGGAUCUCUUACGUUUGCAGCGGCAGCGAUGGCACUUGAAACAUUACUGGCUAAUGGAGUUGGUACUGGCGCUGAAGAGGAUCCUGGACGAUGGGUGGGGCCAAUAUGUGCGCUUUUCCGCCGCCACCCACGCAACGAGCGUAUCUUGGGUGCCCUGGCACAUUUACUUGUCGGAGCAGGGCUUGCCGCCAUGCUGUGCGAGUUAGUUGCCUCGCUAUGGAGCGCUCGUGAAAUUCGCAGUCUUGAGCUUGUGCUUGCUAUUGCUUCUGAGCGCGCGUCGGCAAAAGAUACCCUUGUACCUGUGCUGCGUUCAUUGGCCUCCAUUAUUGGAGAAUGGAACUUUGAGUCACUUAACGCAGGCGUGCUUAGAAGCAUCUUGCUGGUCGCUUUACUGCUGCCAGAGUCAGAUGCAUUGCUUUUAGAGCGCCUUUCUAUCGCCAUAUUGAAUCUUUGGGCUUCCAAAGUUGAUGCGCACCCGGAUUCAUCUUCUGAUUCAUUCGUCCGUCGAGUUGCUGCUACGCGGGGAGUAGGGCAUCCAGCUCUUGUGGCUCUUGUAAGUGGAAUGCUCAGACGUCUUUGGAGUUGGGGUGCUCUUGUUCCGAGCUCUAUGGAGGCAAUGGUCAUCCUUCUUCGAAGUGUGAUGGAGCUUUUGCCCGAGCAUAUAGUAGGCGAUCCUGCAUUCGCUAGCGCUGCUGUAACAUGGAUUGCAGCAUGGAUGGGAAAAUGUCAAGCCUUUGAUCCAGAUCUGGUCUUUGAAUGUUGCCAGCUGCUUGCCGACAUUUACUUUGUCGCCAUGGACGAAGAAGCGCCCAUAUCUCUUCGGCAACCACUGCUCGCAGCAUUACAGGGCGACCCAUCCGCCGUUCUUAUCCGUGCCGUCGUCAAGGUGGUUAUAUGUUCAACAAUAUUCCCUUACGACAUGAUACCAGAGAUCAGUCGCCUGCUUCUUCUGGUCUGCGAAGUUUUAGACUCGGCGUCUGCUUUGGGCUCUUCAUCGGUACGACAAAGUAGCAGUGCCUUGGCUAGCUUUUCUGCGCUUGGAGGUGCAUUGGAGUCCGCCGUGCACGCACUUCCAGAGGCUCACUUUUCUGGAGUUGAAGUGGCCGCAUUCAUGGGCUCCAUUCCGGCGCUCGUCACAGUCAUGGCCGACCGUUCCCUGGCCUCGUCAAAGCGGACAUCUAGGCUGGUUGCCUUCUUCCGUUCCAUACAUCAAACAUGCAGGCGUCGUCUUUCGGACGACCGCGACGAGUCUGAACUUCACAACUGA